AUGGUUCAUACCGGCAUGGAGUGUGUCGGGGCGGCAUACCCACUAUUGAACCAAAUGAUGCUCCCUGACGAGGAGAAACAGAAAAGAGGGAUUCCGCCAACGGAAUGGCACUUGUUUUCAUCAAAGCUCGUCCGCAACCCGAAUGUGCCAAAGAAUGCCGUGGCUCACAUCAAGCCAAAGAAUUUCAGCUAUUUCGCAGAAGCUCGGCGGGAACUGAUGUUCGGUGGAUCAGCAAUGGUUCAAUCUGUGCGAAAGGAAGGCCCAUCGGGACUGAAGUCAUUUUGGGUCAGGCAGAUCAUGCCUUUGACAGCGCCGCAGAACGACCGCUACGAGGAGCUCUGCGGUUGCGUGUUGAUCACAGGCGGGGCCGGUGGCUUGGGCAAGUUAUUGCGCGAGUACUUGCUGGAAUAUUACCCGGAGUGUUCCGUGGCGAUUGCGUCCCGUUCGGUCAAGGAGGGAGACGAGGGUAUCGAGCGAUUGUCGCAAUACAAGUGUGACGUAUGCAACGAAUCAGAGGUGAAAAGAGUUUGCGAUUCCAUUCCUGAUCUUGUUGGGGUGAUUCACGCUGCCGGUGUAACAUACGGCGGCCCGUUCAAAAUGACGAAUGAGAAUGACUCAAAGCUUCUCUUUGAUAUUAAAUACUGGGGCACAAGGUACCUGUACAACGCCACCAAGUCUCGCAAGCUUCGUUUCUUCUGGAUGGCUUCGUCCAUCUCCGCCGCAGUUGGAGAUUUCAACAUAAGCCACUACGCGGCUGCGAAUUCUUCGAUGGAUUGGUUUGCAGAAGAGAUGAGACGUCAGGGCGAUAAGAAUAUUGUGUCCACACAAUGGGGCGCGCUUGGCUUUGAGGGCGGCAUGGCCCUUGAGAACACACGGAAGUUAAUGGACAAACGUGGACAUGGAGUUGUUACCCCAGAGCAGAUGGUCGAUGUCAUGGAAAUUGUCAUUCAUCAAGCUUCUGAUCUACCUGCUGUCAUUUGCGUCUCUCCGCUAAAUAUCGACAAGACAACAGCACAAAAACCUGAACUCAGCGAUAACAUGACAUGGUGGGAAAAGGAACCCUUCGAGGUUUACGUGGCUGUGUUGAAGGCAGCUCAGACUGAGGAGAUGGCUCAUCCAGAAAGAUGGCCCAACAUUGAGGAGCUACACUACAGCCAAAAAGAAUUCAGAGGCAGGAAUUUGUCGCUGGUAGGGGCUUCCAUUAUCAAAUCCCCCAACUUGCCGCAUACGUCUGCCAUCCCCGGUUGCGGGCUGGGACUUUGGGUGCCAUUCACCGGGGCUGCGGGUAUGUAUCUCGCUGCGAAGGAAUUAGAGAGUAGCUUGGUAGAACGCCAGCGCACAAGGGCCGGUACGAAGGCGCACGGGGGUUCGACUCCAGAGUCUAUCUAG